AUGGAAAAGACUCUUUUUUCAACGUUUAGCAAUAAAAAAACACUUGAAGGUAAACAAAAAUGGUGGAUACGUGUUGCCGAUAAAAGUAGUGCACUGGGAUAUGCCGAACGUUCUGCGCUGGAUUCAGCUGACAACAGUCGUCAAAUGAAAAAGACUGGUGGAGGUCCACCACCAAGGCGUUCAUAUGCAGUGGAAGAAACAGUGGUUGACAUUAUUGGAGACGCGCCGUUCGAAGGAGUACUAGGAGGAGUGGAUACGGCGGGUUAUCUUUCCCCGCCGAUACGCCGUAUGGAAAACUUGAAUUUAUUUUCUCAGGCAUCGUUUCAAGCGUCAAAUACCAAUAGUUUCGAUGAUGAUGAUUUUGAUGAGGAUUGUUUCCAAAUGCCAACGACUACAACUACACCAAAAACACCGCUAAAACAUGAGAAAAAACGAAUAGUAGUGGUGUCAGUUUCAUGCAAUUAG